GAGCCAUCACGUCGAACAUGGUUUGCGGUAGGCGCGGCGCUCUGACUCUGACCUAUUCGCUAACGCCUAAAGCUUAGUCAUCGUAGUCCUGUGAUAAAUACUGAAUUUUGGGAUUUUUUAACUAGAAAUUUAAAGAAAAUAUAUUGUACGAGUUUGAAACGAUAACCCAAUAGAAAAAGACCCUACCUUUGUUUACUUGCGGUUUACAAGAUUCAAGAUAAUAUCGAAAAGUGUUUAUUGACGAUGGAGUCAGAGAGUGUUUGCGUUAAACUUGAGCCCUGUGAGGAUGAGUGUAUAUCAGAUAUGCCCACGUUCGAAGGAGUGUUUGUGAAAGCUGAGCCGUUGCUGGAAGAUGUGUGUGUAAAAGAAGAGUCGCUCGGGGAGAGCGCGGCGGACGUGGCAGCGGAGCUGUACGCCGACCACGCCAUGAAAUAUGAUCUCGUACUCAGCCCCGAGCAGAUGGAGCUGCCCGUUUGCCACGCACCAACAGAUUGGGCGCUCGGUGACGUAGACGCUUGCCCGCAGACCAGGGGCCGCGGCGGAAGACAGCUCGCGCGGGCCUGCUCCGUGCGGGUCGAGCCCUGCGACGGCCCCAAAUCACACUUCGUACCCAAGACCAAGAAUACUCCAAUGCUCGCUAAACCCGCUUCACCGCUACAGAAACACAGACCGUAUCAAUGCAAAAUAUGUAAAAAGCAAUUUCGUGAUUUGAGAAUGGUACAUAGACAUAUACUAACACACACUGGGGAAAAACCAUUUGAAUGCGAAUUGUGUCAGAAAAAGUUUUCACGAUUAGAUAAAUUAAACGUACAUAAACGAAUUCACACCGGUGAAAAACCAUAUCAAUGCGAACUAUGUGACAAACAAUUCAGAGAUUUGAGUACUGUAAAGAGACAUAAGCUAAUACAACAUAAACUAAUGCACACUGGUGAAAGACCAUAUGAAUGCGAAUUGUGUCAAAAAAAGUUUGCACGAAUAGAUAGAUUAAACGUACAUAAACGAAUUCACACCGGCGAAAAACCAUAUCAAUGCGAAGUAUGUAACAAACAAUUCAGAGAUUUGAGUUCUAUAAAGAGACAUAAGCUAAUACAUACUGGUGAGAAACCAUAUCAAUGUGAAUUAUGUAAAACUCAAUUCCGAGAAUUGAGUACUUUAAAUAAUCAUAAACUAAUACACAGUGGUGAAAAACCACAUAAAUGUAAUUUAUGUAAGAAAACAUUUAGACAAUUAGGUCAAUUAAGCACACAUAAACGAGUUCACACCGGUGACAACCAUAUCAGUGAGAAAUAUGUAAAAAGCGAUUCAGAUUCGUGAGUACAACAAAUAAACGUAAAUGAGUCAACACCAGCAAAAAUGCAUAAAAAUGUGAACUACUCGUAUGUAAAAAUCUUUUUUGCUAUUGGGUAACUAAGUUCACAUACGAAUUCACGCUAGUAAAAAAUAUACGCUUUUGCAUGCGUAUAUUUUUGCCUAAACAAAGAUUUUAUGUUUUCAAUUCGAUUAAUUAUGUGAAGGAUUUUUUUUAAAUGCAUACCAUAUACAUGAUAUGCAUUAAGAUGCAUGCAUAUAGUCGAGUGUGUUCUCCUUUAGUUUAUUUUAUAAUUUUAAUAUAGUUUAGCAUUUAAUAGCUCUGUAUGGAUUUACUACAAAUGAAUAAAUCACUACACCUUAUAAAACCAAGUCCUCCGCCGCGUCCGUCUGUGUGUAUGUUCGUGACUUGAAAACUACUGAACGGAUUUUCAUGCGGUUUUCACCAAUGUAAUAGUGAUUUUUGAGGAAGGUUUAGAUGUAUAAUUUGUUUGUGUAACUCGUGCGAAGCCGGGGCGGGAGUUGUAAUUAAAUUUGUAAUAUCAUUAAAUAACUUUGUAAUGUU